AUGCGCCGAUGCGAUGGGCGCUUUGUCUGGGGAUUCGCCCUCGGAAUCGUCAUCACAUUUCUAUUUAUAGAAACCAGAAAUCACUACAGCCCACGAAUUCUAGAAACACAAAUAUCAACAGAUUUUGCAGAAGAGCCAAAUGACGAUUCGGAAAGCCAUUUAAACGACCCGCAACUCGUCUUUGAUCAACCCCAAAAACAUGCUCAACACGGCCAACAGCACAGCCAUGCCAAAAAUGCCAUCAGCGAUACCCUAUUCAACAAAGUAAAAAUAUUAUGCUGGAUCAUGACACAUCCGACGGAGAAGAAUAUUAAAAAGGUGACUUCCGUAAAUGAAACCUGGGCACAGCGAUGCAAUAAAGUUGUCUAUUUUAGUACUUACAAAAACCUUGGCUUAGAAACCGAGGACCUUGAGUUCCAAGAGGGCCGUAAUUUUUUAUGGGAUAAAACAAAGCGGGUGUUAUUACAUUUGCAUAAGAAAUACGGGGAUCAAUUCGAUUGGUAUUUUAAAGCGGAUGACGAUACCUUUGCUGUCAUGGAAAAUAUGCGCUUUAUGUUAAGCGCCUAUGACCCGGCAGAACCUCGUUAUAUUGGAUGCAAUUUUAAGUUAAAUAACAUAUUUUACAAUAGCGGUGGGGCUGGCUAUGUAAUGUCGAGAGCGGCAAUGGCCAAGUUUGCGGAUAAUUACAGUAAAGAUCGGAGGUGUCCACCGGGUACGGGAGGGCCUGAGGAUUAUAAUUUGGGGCGCUGUAUGAAUGCGUUCGGUAUUAAUGCGACGGAUUCGAGGGAUUUACAGGGUCGUCUUCGAUUCUUGCCACUAUCAGCUCAAUCCCAUUUCGGCGAUCAUUUGCCCAGCUGGCUGGAAAGAUACGUCGUCCAUGAAUAUCAUCACAAAGCGGCCUGCUGUUCGGAUCUAGUCAUCACCUUCCACUAUAUCACCCCGGAUGUGAUGUAUUUGCUCGAAUUUUUCACAUAUCAUUUGCAUGUUUUUGGGAGGGAAAAUGACUAUUCGAUACCAUCCACUGUCCCAAAAGAAGGGCUUUACGGUGAAAUUCAGAAAAUCAGCAGAUCGUUUGGCCAAACC